AUGGCGCUCAUCCCAUCUCAGGUGCUAAGGGUAGCCAUCCUCCUGUCCUAUUUCUCCAUCCUCUGCAAUUAUAAAGCAAUUGACAUGCCCGCGCAUCAAACAUAUGGCGGGAGCUGGAAGUUUUUAACAUUCAUAGACCUGGUUAUCCAGGCAGUUUUCUUUGGCGUGUGUGUGCUGACAGACCUGUCCAGCCUGCUGACCAAGGGCAGUGAGAACCAGGAGCAGGACAGGCAGCUUAGGAAGCUCAUUGGCCUGAGGGACUGGAUGAUGGCCGUGCUGGCCUUCCCCGUUGGAGUGUUUGUGGUGACCAUGUUCUGGGCCCUGUACUUGUAUGACAGAGACCUGGUGUACCCCAGACUGCUGGACAACUUCAUACCCCAGUGGCUCAACCACGGCAUGCACACAACCGUCCUCCCCUUCAUCAUCAUUGAGAUGAGGACCACGCACCACCAGUAUCCCAGCAGGCCUUGUGGACUGAUAGCUGUGUGCAGCUUUGCCGUGGGAUACGUUAUAUGGAUGUGCUGGGUGAACCAUGUGACCGGUGUGUGGGUCUACCCCCUGUUGGAGCAGAUCAGUCCCCUGGCGAAGGUGGCCUUCUUCUUCUGCCUCACUGUCCUGAUUAACAUCUACUACGUCCUGGGAGAGAUCCUCAACAGCUACAUCUGGGACGGCUCCAAAUGUGUUCUAGACACAGACAAGGCUAAAGCCGACUGAAGGCCAACACGUGUGGGAACCUUGCCAUCAAGUCAAGACCCAGUCCUCACUGGGCUGCCGCAAAGACAGGCCCAAUCCCGACCCGGACUGCAGAAUAACAACCACUGUGUAAAUAAAUUAUGGAAAACUAUGUGGGAAUAUUAUGUUGGCUUUUAAAGCUGUGCGGAGUCCUCCUCUUAAAAUCGUUGAGACUGUAGCUAAGAACUGAUGCCUGUUUUCCGUCGAUGACAAGGUGGGAUAUGAAUUCACCACCUUUCUAUUUACUGGCGGUAUUACGAUGACAUUACAUUUACCCACUUAUUAGUAUUUAAUCAUCCUGUUCAUCCACCUCAAAGGCUCAAGUUAUUAUCUGAACACAGAGUAUACUGUAUUAAAUGGAAUGAACAAACUGCUACAGUAUGAUAUUAAUCUUAAGAUGCUUAGGCACACCAGCAGAGUUAGCAAAAGCCAUGUAUUCAAAUUCUCUUCUCUUUUUUUCUUUUCACUGGAGUGCUUUCCAGCGAGGGCAUCUCCUACAGUGGCAUGAAUGAUAGCCUUUUCCUGGAUGUGUAGUGCCUAACAGCUGUACCACAGAAUGUUAUUUUCUAGGACAGCCAGACUGGCAGCUCCGCUGCUCUAAAAUACCAUUUCUUGUUUUAAUGCUUUUGUAAAAAAAGGAUGACCGCAUUUAAAGUGUAUGGUCUUUCAAUAAAAAGGUGUUAUUUAGAGCGA